CUCCAGCACUCUCAUGUUACUGUUUAUUCCAGCAAAAGUAGUGUUGAGAUGAUGCUUUUGCCAAGGUAAUGUCUAACUGGGCUCUCAUCCUCUGCUCCCCAUCUACAUCAUGAAGUCAAUAAUACUGCUCUGUUGUAAGGUCUACACUGUAUGUGAGGUGUUUGAAAUCCUCAAAAGCCAUACAUAAAUGCAAAUAAUUGUUAUAGUUUGUUAUUGCUAUCUAUGUGAAGAGGCUUUUGUCACUUUCUCAAAUUUCUUAAAUGAAAAGAGUUGGUGACAUUACGGCUCUCUAACCAUUUUUACUUUUUUGGCCUUGAAUCAAAUUUUCACUUCUCUUUUCCUUGUAGUAUUGUUUUUUUGAAUAAUACAUUGUUGUAAGGAGUACAGAAUUUUAGAGAGUAUUAAAGGUUAUCUGUAUUUAAAUGCAAAGGACAAUUGUAAGUUUAAAAGGGAUUGACACCAGAACCAGUAAAUUGUUCUAUUUGGUUCGGUAUAGCAGGAUCAGUUUUAAAUAGCCUUGUCAGUUCUACUCUUGCUCAGUAAAAUCGAUGGCUUAACUAGGAAGCCUUGAUUUUUAGAACAAGGGGGAAGUCCUAAAGCAUUACAAAACAUUCCCAUCUUGUUUGGCAAAACUGUCCCUGACCCUUACAGCCUGCUUUCACUAAUCUGUCUGGACUGGAAUUGGGAAAACGACAGCAACCAGAAAAUAGAUCUACAGCACAGCAAUCAUCAACUUUUUAGAAAGGCAUUCAGCAUCACAAUUUGAGGGGGAAGCAUCUUGGACAAUUAACAUCACUGAAGAAUGGCGUCAGCAGCUUUUCAGAUUUCAGCAAUGCUUCUAGCUUUUCUGGGUCUCCUUUUGUUACUUCUUAGUACUGUGUCCAACACAUGGAAAACUUCUAGUACGGGAACAUCAAUUAUCACUGCAAGCUGGAUUUAUGAAGGUCUGUGGAUGACCUGUACAGCAACCUCUUUGGGCUCAAUGCAAUGCAAGAAAUUCUACUCUUUGUUAAGUGUGGACAUUUAUAUUCAGGUAUGCCGAGCUCUGAUGAUCACGUCCCUCGUCUUGGGUAUGUGUGGCACAUUGCUGACACUGCUUGGUUUAAAGUGCAUUCAACUUGGGAACACUAAUGAAAGCAAAAAAAUAAAGAUUGCCAUGACAGGGGGAAUGAUCUUCGUUUUAGCAGGUCUCUCAUCAAUGGUGGCUAUUUCUUGGUAUGCAGCAAGGAUCACAACUCAGUUUUUUGAUUCACUAUAUGCUGGAACCAAAUAUGAACUAGGAUAUGCAUUGUACUUAGGCUGGGCUGGAUCUGUCCUUUCUAUACUUGGUGGCAUUUUCCUGGCAUGCUCAUGCGGCAAAAAACACAGAGACUACAAAUCUAAUUACGCUGCAUACCAGACAGCAAAUGAACCACGUGCUUACAACAAACAAUCAGAUACAAUUACAUCUGCCAAAGAGUAUGUUUAGAUUUGUAAUAACUCUUUUUUUUUUUUUAAUGAACUCCCUCAUCUCCUUGCCCAAUAUUUCACUUUAGAUAGAAGUUUUUCAUCUCAGUACUGAAUGUUGGAAUUUCCUUCUGGGAAUUGGAACUGGCUGUUAAGAGGACAAGUUUAAAAAUAAAUAAAUAAGUUGCAACAUCACAUAUCCCCCAGUCCCAACAGUGAUGACUCUUUUUGUCUAGUUAAAUAAAUAUGCUGCAUUUUAUUGUACUGGAACACUGUAAACUUGCAAUCAUUUAAGGAAUAAAAUUGCUUACAACUCUCCGGUCUAGUAUUUAACUAUAAACUAAUAAGCACCAUCUGAGGAAUGAGCUAAAUUCUAACUAGUUAUUGUGAACUUCUUGGACCAUUUCCAGAUGAGAAAAUAUUCCAUUUGAAAAUGGAAGCUGCUUGCAUUGACCUACUCUCUAUCCAGAUUAUAUCGCUCCCUGUUGCACAAUAGAGUAUCGUUUGUAAAUGGGCUAUUCAUACUGACUACUUCCUCCAUGCACUGUCAUUCAGCACCGUUUGCUGGCUUGAAACUGCCUUAAAAGUAGUUUAAUGUUCAUUGUGGAUUUCUUGCAAAUGGCCAGCAAGUGGCACUGCACAAUAGUUCAUGGAGGAAGUAAUCAGUAUGAACGGCCAAUUUACAAGUGCUAAUAUCUCGCACAAAAUACAAGUGCUAAUACCUUCCCACAUAAACGGAACAGAGAGUAAGUAAACUCAAACCACUUCUGCUUUCAAAUGGAAUAUUUCCUCAUCUGAAAAUGGCCUUAGUUAAACUAAGGCUCAUGCACAAAUAAUCUCAGUAAUUCUUAUAACAGCUCUGUAAAUAGGCCAGUAUAAUUGCAGACGGUGUGUGCUGAGAGCCUCCUACCCGGUAUGGGAAGAAGAUGUGAUUUAAAUCGGGAUCAGUUUCUUGGCUCACCGCUUUUAGCCACAGCACUGCACGGUUCUCAGUGGGCAGGAUUGUUAAGAGACAUUUUGUGCAGAACCUUUGUUACAUAUUUCUGCCUGCUGCUUAUUAAAUUAUACUACAGAGUUCCAAAAACUGUACUAUGUAUAUAAAAUGAGUUUAGAGCUUUACUUCAUUAUAACAGUGCUCUGCCUCCUGUGUACAUCUUUUUCACCAUUAAAUUUCCUGGCCCAUAUCUCCAAGAGUUAGGGGCAAAUUACAUGUUACAUUCAAACUCGUGCCUUGACAGCCGGUUUUUAAAAUGAAAAGCAGCUUCAGGAGGGUGGGAUUUUUUUUGAGCAGAGAAACAGCAGAGGGAAGGGUUGCGUUCCUUCUGGGGGAAAGAUGGGGUGCAAUUUGGAGUGGAAAAUGACUAGUCGGGAAAGAAUGGCUUGACUAGCAGGGGAAAGGACUGGCAAGGAAAGAAACCCUCCACCACCAAAAUGACACCACCCUAGAUCUGCUUUGCAUUUUAAAAAGCAGUCAGCAGGGCUUUUAAAGAAGUUUAGACUUUUUCUGAAUACUACUGCCACACCUGAGUUGAGUUUAAAUCACUUGAUUUUCAUUAUAUGAAGCAUCAUCAGUUGCUAUUAUUAACAUAAUUAAGUUGAGAGCCAGCAUGGUGUAGUGGUUAGUGUUGGACUAGGGUUGAGGAGACCCAAGUUCAAAUCCCCAUUCAGCCAUGAUACUCACUAGGUGUCUCUGGGCCAGUCGCUUAUCUCUUGCCCUAACCUACCUCACAGGGUUGUUGUGAGGAUACUGUAAACAUAACCAUCUAUACUACUCUAGGUGCCUUGGAAGAUGAGUGAGGUAUAAAUGGAAAAAUAAAUAAAAAUAUUAAUGAAAGAAUA